UGGUUUUAUGCGGGUUUGUUUGACAUCAGCAAUAGUCCAUUAGCUAUGAUCACUUGCAGGCUGCUCCUGUACAACAUAAUAGGUGUUAUUUUCUUGAGUAUCCUCUCCUCUCAGUGCGAGCUGUAUUUUGCGGUGGUUUACCCUUUUCAGUAUGUGAGAAGCAUGACCAAAAGUCGAACUGUGGGAAUACUGGUCUUCUGCUGGAUAUUCCCAUCCAUAAUGACAUUAAUUUAUGGCCUAUUUGAGGAGUCCACUUCCACAUUUAAAGGCAUUAGCAAUAUCGUUAGUAACCUUUGUGUUUUCAUUAUCAUGUUUGGCCUUAAUAUUAAACUGUACCUUAUUGCCAAGAGCCAGCAGCAGAGGGAACACUCUGGCACUCAGGACACAAAGAAAUCCUCGCUUAGGCUUAUUAUUGUGGUAUCUUUCACAUUUCUUCUCCUCUGGACACCUGCCACAGCAAAUGAAUGUGUCUGUAGUUUGUGCACUUGCAGAACUUUUGAAAGGGAUGCCAUCAACCCCUUUUCUAUCCUGAUAGUGGUGGCAUCUGUUGUAAACCCUAUCCUGUACCUGUGUGGCAGUCGAGCAGUGCGUGCAGCCUUGUGGAAGAACAAAGUACCCUGUACUUUCUGCAAAAGGAAUAUUAACCCUCAGAACCAAGGGGAUGAAGAAAUUCCAGGCUCAAAAUGAUUUUAUGUAAAUAUUGUUCUUGUCUUAUGCUCAAACUGAUCAUUUUUUAAAAUAUAUAUAAUAGUACAUGUGCACUGUAUUCAGCUUGUUUGUUGAUUCUAUAGACUCUAUGGGCCUCAUUUAUUUAAAAAAAGGAGGAGGGGCAAAAUUGCUCCCACCUAGGAAAACUCCAGGAAUGGAUGGCCUACCAAGUGAUUGUCACCAAUAAAAAACAUUUAACUCCACUGCUGGUAAUGUAGUUAAAUGCAAUUUUACAGGGGCGGACCUACCAAUCU